CAUAUUGUGAGACAAAUGGAAUGUAACUGUUUUAUGGAAUUGUUUACAGGAAUUGCUAGGAAGUUAGUAUUUUCUGGAUAUGGAGUUUUUGCGAUGGAUUAUCCAGGAUUUGGUCUUUCAGAAGGUCUUCAUGGAUAUAUUCCAAGCUUUGAUAUCCUGGUUGAUGAUGUCAUUGAGCAGUACUCAAAAACCAAAGAGAACCCUGAGUUUGGCAGUCUCCCAAGAUUCCUGUUCGGACAGUCAAUGGGUGGAGCUGUAGUUUUGAAGGUCCAUCUGAAACAGCCACAUGCGUGGAAUGGAGCCAUUCUCGUUGCACCUAUGUGCAAAAUUGCAGAUGACAUGGUUCCAUAUAUAUAUAUAUCAUUAUUUGUCGAUGUAUAA